GACCUAUUCUCUGUCGUCGGUGGUGUGCCCCUGAUGCUGUGAAAGGCAAGAGUUGCCUGCUCUGUGUCCUCGCUACGGCUUGCCUGGCAACUGUUGUGUGAAGUCAAUAUGUUACUAUGGACGUCUGCUUCAAAACAACUCAACUUUCGCACCUCCAAUGAACGAAUUCAUCAGAUCGGAUCGGAUUUAACAUGACAGUUGGUUAGUGCAUCCAAAUCACUUUCUAUUUUAGAGACUAAAUAAGUCUUUCCCCCUUUUUUUGAAGCUUUGUGUGUGUUUGUUUGUGCGUGUGAUUGUGUGUAUGCGUGAGUGUGUGUGGGUGUUUGUGUGCGGUGUGAGUAUGCAUGUAUGUGCGUGAGUCUGGUUGUAUGUGUAUGUGUGUAUGGACUUCGUCGAGAGUGUGACAAUAGGAGACAAAAGCAGAUCGAUCUACUGAAGCAUCCCAGUCACUUUUCUUAUUUUUUUAAAUUUUAUUUUUGUUAUUCUAUUGAAUUUGACAGCUUUAACUCAAAAAUCUUGUGAGAGAAAUAUAGAAUGAUUCGAUCUUCUUCUGUUUGUCCAACAAUUCCCCGUAAAACUUUCUAGAAAAGUCGUGGAUUUUUCUUUCUUCGUUCAUGGAUUCUAUUUUGGGGAUCGAAACAGCUCAGCUCCGAGGAAGACAUACUUGUUCCCCUUUUAUAUUUCUUACAAGCCUUGGAGGGAAAACAAAACACGCUUUCCCUUUCUUCUGAACUCAUUAGGAGUGGACGACCCAGGACAGCGACAACACGCAGUUAAGUGAACACCCAUACAAGUGAGGGUGAACACACCACUUCCUCCACCACCACCACCACCACCACCACCCGACACACCAUCAGGUGUGUGCUUGUGUUGGUGUGAGUCUCUCUGUGUGUGUGUGUGUAGAAAGUGUGAGUGCGUGCGUGCUCAUGUACGUGCGCACCUAACCGAGUCCUCUGCACCACAUACACGGCGACUGGUGGCCCACGGCCAUCUUGUCUUCGCUCUGUGCCAGCAGCAAGCAAACUGUCCAACAUCGACGACGACAUCCCAACCACUGCCCACACCUGCGCCCACACCCCGUUCCUCACCCACGCCAAGCGGCAGGAGACUGGGAGAAGCGCCGUCAACACCAUCAGCAGCACCAUCACCAGCACCAGCAGCACCAACAGCCGGAGGAAGAGCAUCCUGACAGACAGAUGGUGGCGACAGGACUGCUGCAGCGCCACGGAGCGCUGUCGUGAGGGGGGUGGGGCGACAGGGGGCUGGCGGGGCGUGAUGCCGACUAGAGAAAGCACGCCCCUGCGACUUCUACUACUGCUGUUGCUGGCGUUGGCGGGGUUGGGGCGGUGUCGCUCUCGAGGUCGGAGUCGCCUGGCACUGUGGAUUGACCGAGGGCAGGUCGAGUCUCUUAUAGGUGUGGCCAUGAAGAUACCUAUCAUAACGGACGGCACGGUGACACCUUACCUUAACGAGCCGGGACUGUCGGACCAGAUCGUCAUCCCCUCUACUGUGGACACUGUCAACCUCACCUGGCAAGCCGGCCAUGACGAGUUUACCUACGUCUUCGACAAUUUCACUUCGUUGGAUCCACACCUUUUGUACCCUCCUCUCCUGGGUAUUCCCACCCGCGGUCAGAUCCCCAGCGACCCAACAGCCUUCCAGAUCACCAUCCCGUGUAAAGGAACCGAGAAGGGCGUGGCUUCACUCGUCCUGGGGCUCACCAUCUACACCCGGGUGGGCCGUCCUCUGAAGGGUACCCCGAUCAAGUUCAAGCUCCGCAAACAGUGCGUCGUCUUCGUGACGACGUCCCCGUGUCCAGCCGACUGCCAGAACGGGGGCACGUGUUCAGAGUACGGUGUAUGUGAAUGCCGGCAGGGGUUCCACGGGAAAUAUUGUGAUAUCGCCCUGUGCAAUCCAGUUUGCCAGAAUAACGGCACCUGCAUUUCCCCCGAGAUAUGCGCAUGCCCGUCUGGUUACCAUGGUAAACUGUGCGAAAAAGCGGCUUGCGGGCGACCCUGCGAAAACGGCGGCCACUGUCUUCCGGAGGGAUUCUGCUGGUGCGAAAAAGGUUUCUAUGGCGACGCCUGUGAAUUCAGCAUCUGCAACCCUCUUUGUGCCAACGGCGGUACGUGUAUAGGGCCGGACAGGUGCGAGUGUCCAAGCAAUUUUUCGGGGACCAGAUGUGAAACGAAGGAAGAGCGGCCGAGGAGAAGCAAGACGAACAGCAAGGAACAGGAGAUCAAACGGCAAGGCACGCGCGCCAAACGCAAUCGCACGCGCAGGAAACAGAAGCUGGAGCGCAAGCUGGUGAAGGCGGAGCGGCGGCUGCUGAAGGUGCUGCUGCGCAACACCAAGACGUGGGUCUUCACGCGUGACGAGCGGCGCGUGCUGCGCAAGCUGCAGCGCGACCAGACCAAGGAGGAGAACGCCACCCUGUUGCCUAGCAACGACCGCAACUUCCUGGUGCUGGUGCUGACGCGCGAGCGCAACAACCUGAAGAAGAAGCACAAGAAGAAGCUGCGGCGCUACAAGAAGCUGCUGAAGAAGCUGACCACCAUGCUGGAGACGCCAAAGAAGAAAAAACGGGUAUAUGUCUAGCUUUAACUCGGGGACCUCGCCUUUCGCACCCGGACAGGGCACGACAUUGUAUUUUGACGGGGUGGAGACCUUCUGCUGCCUACAUCGGGGUGGGAAGGGAGGACUUCGGGCACGUGUCAACGAAUCCUUUACGGGUUGGGACAAGUUUCAGUGUGGGUGACCUCUUGACCGGUCUUGGUGUGAAGAACAGAGUGCUGAACAUUGACUGACUCACUCUCAGACAUUCAGAAAACUGUGGAAGAGACCUCGGGAAGAGCUCACUCGUGUUUUCUGAUUGACUGCUGAUGGACUCAGGAGAAACGCCAAGGUAGCCAGCAGUUCUGUUAACUCGUCUUUUUCGUUCUUCAACGAAGGAUCAACCGCCGUUGCCAAGGAGCCUCGCAGUGGAAGACGCUCAGCUUUGGGAGGGGGGAAGCGAACUCCAUGGUGACAGUGAAUGAUGUUCAAAUUCUUGCUUCUUCAGUAUCUUUUAUGAGGAGGCAGAUGCCCCCUGACCCUUCUGGUCCCUACGGCAUUGGCCUCGGUCCACAACCUGGUUUUGACUACUCAAACAGUUCAUUCACCUUAACUCCAAACAAUCCCUGCACCUUUCUUGAAAAAGGUCUUCAAUGAUGGACUUAAGGUGGAGAGCAGAAGAUUUAAAUAUAUAUAUAUUACUAUUCGUGGAUGGGAACGAAAAGUGGUCCUUGACGACACCCAUAGCCUGGACUCGAACCACAGGGCCUGCUACCGUGUAGACACCUGGACUAUUUCCCCUUCCCUUUACCCCUCCCCCCUGUCAUCAAAGAGUUGUGAAAUUCAAGUACAUCUCCGGCCUCUGACGGUUUGUGAGUAGAAGUACUGUUGAAAUAUUUUGAAUUCUAACUGGAGCUUGUCUGACACUGAUGGUGAUGCACAUCUGGCUUCACUGCAUUUGUUGUUUCGUGACUAUUUCUGCUCUAGAUUUAUUAUAACUAUUAUUAUUUGCUUUUCAGAGGCGAUUCCAUUACUUUUUGACAUCGUUGUGUCUCUCGUGCCUAGUACCAUCCCCUCUCUGGACUGGUCUUCAAGUCGUGUAACGGAUACAAAGCUUGUCCAAUAGCAGUGUUCACACAACAACUGUCGGUUUGUUGUUCACAUGGUGGUUGAACAAGUCAGUUGACCAAUGUCUUUACUACAUUGUCAUUCGGUGAUAACCGGAAUUUAGUUUUAUUUUUGUUGACAAUGCAGAUAAGCAUGUGUGUUAUUGUGUCCAAGAAAACGGAUUUUUUUACAAUCAUGUAUGAGAGUUGUAUGCUUUUUUUGAAAAUAAUUAAACAUCGAUUGAGAAAUAAUUUAAGCUUGGUUUUCA